AUGGCCAGUGAUAAAAGCUUGAGUCAGAGGAGUUUGGAUGAAAAAGAAAAGAAAGGCUUCAAAUUUCGUUGGAAGAGAGCCAAGGAGAAAAACAAAGAGCUAUCAAGAAGUGCGAGAAGCAAAAAGAGCAAAUGGUCAAGGAGUGCGAAGAGCAAGAAAGCUAAACUGUCAAGGAGGGCAAAGGCUGGCAAAACUAAAAUGAGCCGAAAGAUGAAGAAAAGCAAAAAGUCAAAGGGAUCGUCUUCAAAAACUAUACCGAGCAAAAAGGAACCCAAUCAGGAAACAAAUGAAUUGAACUCAAAGAGCCCUGAAACUUUGAGCGGAAGCUCAAGAGAUUCUGCUAGUAAGAAAGGCAAGCUGUCCAUGUUUUCAUUCACACGAAAGAAGGCCAAUAGAUCGUCGAGCGACAGGGGCGAUCCAAAGGGAGUACGAUGUGUUGAGCCAAUCGCUCAGAUGCGCGAGCAGACGAAUCAACCACAUAUGCAGUAUUAUUUCUCUGAUCGUGCAGCCUCGGCCUACUACCCUCCUCGCCUAGCCGCCCUAAUCGCCUAA